AUGCCUCGCAUCAGGACCAUGAAUUCAAGAAAGCCACCUGACGGGUGGAACAAAGUAGAAUCAUUUUUAGAUGAAAUGAACACAAAGAUGAGGAGUUUGGAAAAUGAAGAUACAUCCAAGAAAAGAAAGAAUGAAAUUAUGUGGCCUAUAUUUCAAAUAAAUCAUCAAACGUCUCGCUAUAUAUACGAAUUAUACUACAAAAGGAAAGAAAUAUCAAGGGAAUUAUAUGACUAUUUAGUUCAAGAAAAAUAUGUAGACGGUGCUCUUAUAUCUAAAUGGAGGAAGCAGGGAUAUGAAAAUUUAUGUUGUCUCAAGUGUAUUCAGUCAUCUGACAGCAACUUUAGAAAUACUUGCAUUUGUAGAGUACCAAAAAAUAACUUGGGAGACAGGGUUUUGCAGUGCGUAAACUGUGGAUGUAGGGGAUGUUCGAGUGGUGACAAAUAA